GGCGGUGCGGCCGCCGCGGUCCAUUGGACGAGCGCGGCGCGGAAUCCGCGAACUGGCCGUGGCCAGGAGAGAGCAGCUCCUGGACUGACUGGCCCUGUCCUGACCCAUGGACGCCUCCUCUAGCCCAUGGAAUCCAACCCCGGCUUCCGUCAGCAGUCCUUCCUUGCUGCUCCCCAUCCCUGCCAUCGUGUUCAUCGCUGUGGGCAUCUAUUUGUUGCUGCUCGGCGUAGUGCUGCUGAUUAGGCACUGCCUGCUGGCCCAGGGCUGCUGCACAGACUGCAGCUCCCCCUGCAGGAAGCAAGGCGCCUCCAGGCCUCAGGACUGUUGCUGGACCUGUGCAGAAGCCUGCGAUUUCCCUCUGCCUAGCCCAGCCCACUGCCUGGAUGCCUGCUGCCCCCAGCCCACCGAAGCUGGCUGGGCCCCUCGCUGCCCUCGCUGCUGCCCACUCUGUGACUGUGCUUGUGCGUGCCAACUUCCUGACUGCCAGAGCCUCAACUGUCUCUGCUUCGAGAUCAAGCUCCGAUGAAGAUCCAGAGUCCUUGCCCCUUGGAGAGUGGCCAGCCCCCGGGGCCCCCAAGCCCCCAUCCCUGAUGAGCCUCCAGGCACUUUUCUCCAGGCCACUGGAACCACAGAUGGCCUGUUCAGCUCCUGCCCCUGGGAACCAGCAGUGGAGAGCCUGGCCCCUCUGCAGAGCAGGACUCAGGGAGCCCUUGGCCAGUUGGACCGAAGCCCCUUUGGAGGGCCAGGAGAGAGAGGGGCUAGUGCUCUGACACGAGCCUCUGCCUGCCUCUCCCGUCCCCACAUAAACUAUUAUAAUUGAACGUGAGGGUGGGAGACACUGCUCACCACUGACCACCUUAUGGGACAAACUUCAGCCCUGAAUUUCGGGAUAUAGGGUACCCCAGCCACACCUUAUCCAUGGACUCUUGGUUGUUUUGAGAUCCCUGUGCAAAGAUUGAUUUCUUUUGCCACCUUCUGAGGGCUGGAUUUCCAAGGAAAUUCUUCUGAAGUACGG